AUGGACUCCUCCGCCCCCGCCGACGACGUCGCCGCCCCCGCCAACACCGCCGCCGCCCUCGCUGCCGCCCCCGCCCUCCCGCCGCUCCCCCCUGCCCCCGGCCCGCCCACCGCCGCCGCCCUGCUCGCCAUGCCGCCCGCCUCGCGGGCCUGCACAAGGCUGGCUUCUCGGCCAGUCCAGCGCCAGCUGGAGUUCCGCGCGGGCUACGAGCCCAGCAAGUUCAACCUCGCUGGUAAGUAA